CAUUAACAUAUUGUCAUUGUUAAAUACAUUAACAAUAAGACCAAGCAGCAUCUCGUAAACAACAUAAUAAUAAAUACAAAUAAAAAAAUACAAAAACAUGAAAAGCAAAUUAUAACAGAUUAAAUUACAUAGAUGGAUUACAUAUAAUCCAUAUAUGUUGCCAGUAAUUUUAGAGAGUUUUAAUCUCAAUACACGUUAUAAACUGCUACAUGUGCCACGUGAGGACGUUAAAGAACGACAGAAUCGGUUCUUUGAAAUGAACUUUUCGAAAGAACAGAGUCGCAGAAAUGAGUCACACCACUCAUCUAGUUGACUCGCAGGAGGAACCCAAAUGUACGUACCCAUGACGUCACAAUAUGUUAUUUAAAGUGAAGUUUAUCAUUAAAAGAGCCUAACUUGUAUUAUAUCACAACAAUAUCUAAUGCUUAUAACACGGAGUGUCGAAUACGUUUCAUUAGCUCUUCAAAAUGUCGUGUUUUCAGAAUGAACAGCAAUAUGUUUCUGCACGGAGGUGUUUCAGAGCUGCUCUUCUUUAAAUGACUGCACUGAUCAGCUGGUUCCGCCGCUAGAGUCUGUACUUGAGUUGUUACAUCCCUCAGCAUCCUUUCACCUUACUCUCUUCCAGCGGUCACUGCAUGUAUAAAGCUUGAAUUUUAGUAUGAUUUCAGGAUAUAAUUUUUGCAUACUGUAACUGCACAACCCACAUUUAUUCAGCUUCAGAAGAUCAGGUUGAAAGUGUGGUCCUCUCAUUGGGCUUGUGGGUUCCCAUGGGCAGUGUGCUGGCCUUGUCAACCCGGCCAGGGCGCCAAAACUCCCCCUUUCCACAAGAUAGACCCUUGUCACGGUGGGAUAGGAGAGAUGGACGGCUGCCUAACCCGGGAAGCUUUGAUGGUCUGCACCGUAACUGUAAAGAUGUGUUUCCACAGCAGAUUGAAGGUGUAAAACUGGUGAUAAAUAAGACCCUCAGCAGUUUUUUUAAGGUCAGUCACACAUUUCACCUCAGUGCUGUUGCCCCGUCCAGUUAUCGCUUUCACGCUGAGCACCUACAAUCAGACACUGACAGCAAAGAAACGGAUACACCUAUGCUAAUUGGGGAAAUGGACUCCUCUGGCAGCUUAAACGCACACUCUUUGUUUCAUCUGAGUGAGAAAAUAAGAGCUAAAGCAGUAUUUCAGACUCAACAGGCACAGUUUGUCACAUGGCAGUUUGAGACCGAGUAUAGAGGCAGUGACUUCACCGCAGCGAUUACUAUGGCCAACCCUGACAUUCUCAGGGAAUCAGUUAUCAUGGUUGCACAUUUUCUUCAGAGCGUAUCCCCGCAGCUGGUCCUGGGGGGAGAGCUGGUGUAUCAUCGAGGUCGAGCAGAAGAAGGGGGCAUACUUACCCUGGCAGGCCAGUACUCAGGGCCAAAUUGGGUUGCAACACUGAAUGCUGGUAAAGGAGGUGCACAUGCUAGCUACUACCACAGGGCCAACAAACAGAUUCAGGUGGGAGUGGAGUUUGAGGCGAGCACUCGGACCCAGGAGACAACCUUCUCUUUUGGUUACCAAAUGGAACUUCCUGAAGCUAAAAUGGUCUUCAGAGGAAUGUUGGACAGCCGCUGUAUCAUUGGUGGGGUUCUGGAAAAGCGGCUCUACCCUCUUCCUGCCACCUUGAUCAUGGGUGCCUUUGUCAAUCACAGAGCGGACAAGUUGCAGGUCGGUCUUGGGGUCAGUGUUGGUUAGAUAUGAAUCCUAACUCAAUAGAGGCACCGCUUAAGACUUUGGGGACCCCAGAAAACCACCUUCACCUCUGUCCAAAGACACUGGUCCACCACAGACUCCAGACAGAACAGGCAAGCCAACCAAAGCCCUGUUCGCCAUACUGGACAAUCAUGCCGUUCAUGGCAAGCAGCAAUGAGGGCUAAAAAAGACCAGGAACACAAAGCUCUCUAUGUUGGUUCCAUCCUGUAUCAAGGGUUUUGCUGUUUUGGUCUUAUGUUGGCCCCUAAGUAACCUGAGGUAAAUAAACUGAGGUAUGUUCACAGAUUAUCUAAUUUAAGAACAAGGUGGCAACCUCAGCAACUGUUGGCAGAGACCAUACAAAUGUAGUGAUGUAAAUGAGUGUCGCAAAAUUUCAUGUGACUUCUCUAUUAAAGAUUUAUUUUUUGUAGCAAACUCCAGUUAUAGUUUAGACUCCAAAAUCAAUAUGUCAAGCCAAACAUAUUGAAGAUUAGCAAAGAGGCACACAAUUUAUCAUUUGUCAUCCAUUAACUUCUAUUUAAAUAAAACACCCUUUGCUCUCCUUCUUAAGCUAACCUUUACAUCUCUCCUUAGGGGACGGACUCUGGUAUAAUGGCAAGUAUGACAGUGGAAGGAAUAAAAGUGACAGUAUAAGGAUGCAUUAUGCAUAAGAUAUUACAGCACUUUUUUUCUGAUUUGACAAAAAUCAGACUAGCGUCAGAGCCGUGGAGUGGCAGUGCAUGUUCUUAUGAAGCAUAACAGCCAUUGGCUCACAGGAAUGCAGGUAUGAAUACGCCCUGCAUCAUAUUGGCCACAUACAUGUUACGUUGUGUCAGGUGUGACAACCGCAAGUAAUUGCGGAAGUGAAUCCCCUAAAUUAGCAUGAAUUAAGGCUCGUUCACAUGGAGGACGAUAACUGUAACUGUAAAGUUUUAAUAUUUGUUCUAAUUCUAUGAGAAUAGUUAUAUUCCACACAACAGCUAUAACAAAAAUGACAAAGAGGAGCAAUAUCGUUGGAAUCACUUUCAGAAUGUUUUUUCAGCUGAUGAACUAUAAAAACAUUUGAGAAUCAUGUUUCAAAUUUGCUUAACUUUAAAGGGUUAGUUCACCCAAAAAUGAAAUUGUUGUUGUUCCAAACCCGUAAGACCUUUGUUCAUCUUCAGAACACAAAUUAAGAUAUUUUUGAUGAAAUCCGAGAGGUUUUUUUAUCCCCCAUUGAAAGCAACAUAAUUAUCACAUUCAAGGUCCAGAAAAGUAGUAAAAACAUAGUUAAAAUAGUAAGCGUGACUACAGUGGUUCAACCUUAAUGUAAUGAAGUGAAGGGAAUACUUUUUGUGUGCAAAAACAAAACAAAAAUCAUGACUUUAUUUAACAAUUUCUUCUCUACCCUGUCAUUCUCUUACGCUGUUUACAUUCAGAGCUUCCAGGUUCUGUCAGAACGCUGCACAAAAAGUAUUCUCGUUGCUUCAUAACAUUAAGGUUGAACCACUGUAGUGACUAACCCUUUAAGCUCUAAAAGGUGAAGUGACAACCAAAUUUAGCUGCUUUGUUUACAUGGCCCAUGUGAUUUAAGGUAAACUGUUUUGGGGUGGUUUGUCUACUUCUGGUACUUUUAUGUCCAAUGGGAUGAUUUCAACUUUUUAAUUUUUGUUAUAUGAAGGACACAUUCAAACGAUCUUAGAAACUUUUACCAUGCCCUCAUCAUUUAUUUUUGCUAAAAAUAAAUGCCACUUCUGUAGCCUAUUGUCAGAAGUAUUGUAGACACCUUUGGCUUCAGAUGUCAAAUUUUAAUAUCAUAGUAAAAAAAACAAAAACUGACGGAAAUAAAGAACUGAGCAAAUGGA